AUGAUGGACAUGAGCCCCCUGAGGCCCCAGAAAUAUCUUUUUGGUUGUGAACUAAAGGCCGACAAAGAUGAUCACUUUAAGGUGGAUAAUAAUGAAAAUGAGCAACAGUUAUCUUUAAGAACGGUCAGUUCAGGGGCUGGUGCAAAGGAUAAACUGCAAAUUGUUGAAGCAGAGGCAAUGAGUUACGAAGGCAGUCCAAUUAAAGUAACAUUGGCAGCUUUGAAAAUGUCUGUACAGCCCAUGGUUUUCUUUGGGGGCUUUGAAAUAACACCAUCAGUGGUCUUACGGUUGAAGUGUGGUUCAGGGCCAGUGCAUGUUAGUGGACAGCAUUUAGUAACUGGCGAGGAAGAUACAGAGUCAGAAGAUGAAGAGGAGGAGGAUGUGAAACUCGUAAGUAUAUCUGGAAAGCGAUCUGCCCCUGGAGGUCGUAGCAAGUUUCCACAGAAAAAAGUAAAACUUGCUGCUGAGGAAGAUGAUGAUUUUGAUGAUGAUGAUGAUUUUGAUGAUGAGGAAACUGAAGAAAAAGCGCCAGUGAAGAAAUCUCAAAAGGACAAGAAUCCUUCAAAACAGGAAAAAACUCCUAAAACACCCAAAGGACCUAGUUCUGUAGAAGACAUUAAAGCAAAAAUGCAAGCAAGUAUAGAAAAAGGUGGUUGUCUUCCUAAAGUGGAAGCCAAGUUCAUGAAUUAUUCAAGAUCUCUGGCAGUGGAGGAAGUCUCUUUAAGAAAAUAG